CCCGCCGCGUCGCCCCUGACAAAUGAUGUGUUUUGUGAUCGCCGCGAUGAAAGCUCAAAUUGAAAUUAUUCCAUGCAAGAUCUGUGGAGACAAAUCAUCAGGAAUCCAUUAUGGUGUCAUUACAUGUGAAGGCUGCAAGGGCUUUUUCAGGAGGAGUCAGCAAAGCAAUGCCACAUACUCCUGUCCUCGUCAGAAGAACUGUUUGAUUGACCGAACUAGUAGAAACCGCUGUCAACACUGUCGAUUGCAGAAAUGCCUUGCUGUGGGGAUGUCUCGAGAUGCUGUAAAGUUUGGUCGAAUGUCAAAAAAACAGAGGGACAGCUUGUACGCAGAGGUGCAGAAACAUCGAAUGCAGCAGCAACAGCGAGAUCACCAACAGCAACCUGGAGAGGCAGAACCACUGACACCAACAUACAGUAUCACCACCAAUGGGCUAACAGAGCUACAUGAUGACCUCAGUAAUUACAUUGAUGGGCAUACCCCUGAAGGUAGCAAAGCAGACUCUGCAGUUAGCAGCUUCUACUUAGACAUACAACCUUCUCCAGAUCAGUCGGGUCUUGAUAUUAAUGGAAUCAAACCAGAACCAAUAUGUGACUACACACCAGCAUCGGGCUUCUUCCCUUAUUGUUCUUUUACAAAUGGGGAGACCUCGCCAACUGUGUCCAUGGCAGAAUUAGAACAUCUUGCACAGAAUAUUUCAAAGUCACACAUGGAAACUUGCCAGUACUUGAGAGAAGAGCUACAGCAGAUAACAUGGCAGACUUUUCUGCAGGAAGAAAUUGAGAACUACCAGAACAAGCAGAGGGAGGUAAUGUGGCAGUUAUGUGCAGUCAAAAUAACAGAAGCUAUACAGUAUGUCGUGGAGUUUGCCAAACGCAUUGAUGGCUUUAUGGAACUGUGUCAAAAUGAUCAAAUCGUGCUUUUAAAAGCAGGAUCUUUAGAGGUUGUGUUUAUCAGAAUGUGCCGUGCCUUUGACUCCCAAAACAACACAGUGUACUUUGACGGCAAGUACGCUAGCCCAGAUGUUUUCAAGUCACUAGGUUGUGAAGACUUCAUUAGUUUUGUGUUUGAAUUUGGAAAGAGCUUAUGUUCUAUGCACCUGACAGAAGAUGAGAUUGCUUUGUUUUCUGCAUUUGUUUUAAUGUCUGCAGAUCGUUCAUGGCUUCAGGAGAAGGUAAAAAUCGAAAAACUCCAACAGAAGAUUCAGCUAGCACUUCAGCAUGUCCUGCAGAAGAAUCACCGAGAAGAUGGAAUUCUAACAAAGUUAAUAUGCAAAGUGUCUACUUUAAGAGCACUGUGUGGACGACAUACAGAAAAACUUAUGGCAUUUAAAGCAAUAUACCCAGACAUUGUGCGACUUCAUUUUCCUCCAUUGUACAAGGAGUUGUUCACUUCAGAAUUUGAGCCAGCAAUGCAAAUUGAUGGGUAAAUAUAUCACCUAAGCACUUCUAGAAUGUCUGAAGUACAAACAUUAAAAAUAAAGAAAAAAAAAGAAAACCAAGACACUUUAUAUGGCCCUGCACAGACCUAGGGAGCCAACACACUGCACAUCUUUUGGCAGUCGGGGUCAGGCAAAGGAUGGGAAACAAUGAAACAAAGUUGAACUUGUUUUUCUCAUGCAUAUGAUUUCCAUUAUGCCUACAAAUAUGGACCCUUUUUCUGUCUCGACUUCUCAAUCUUUGACCUCUGUUUACACAGAAUGAGGGUACUAAACUCAGAAGGUUUCUUUUUCCUUGUAGUUCACUGCCCACAGACUUUCAACAGAACAAUCAAUUUGUUGAUCACAGCAGAGUCCAGCGACUGGUGUGUACUGCAGAGGUUUCAGCAUCAGUUUGCACAACUUGCUCAUUGUUUCAUGAAGGACGAAUUUUUUCAUCUACCAUUGAUUGCCAGUAGGCAGAAUGGCACGAAAAGGGUCCAUAGCAAUAGCAACAAUAGCAUUAUAAUAUAUUACAGGGUAAAUGGGCAUGAAGACUAUAUAUAGCAAAAGAGAUAUUGUUUAUAUAUUGUUUUAAUUAAUAUAAAAAGUAGUUACUGGUAUAGCUUUUCUUGUUGAAUUGAUAAGGCACUUUCAUUUUGCACCUUUUUCUUUAAAUUAAAUGCUAGCGUGUUCAUUGUCGUGUUGCAUGUGCACCAGAAAUUCAAGUUUAACUGAAAAGGUUUGGAAGGUACUGAUACAUUAGAAGGUAUUUAUGCUGCUGUUUUCAACAUUACUUUUCAAGAGAGGCUGGUCACAUCCUGAAAAGAUUACAUUGAUUUUUAGAGUCUGAAAACGAUGAAAAUUUUCUAAAAUCAAAUUAGCUUUUCAGAUGCUUUUUAAAGGGUGCUUUUAUUUUUAUACACAACCCAAAAGUUUCAAAUCUGGGUGUUUAAAAUUGCACGUCUAAAUCCAUAUUUAGACUCUGAAAUAAAAAACCCUGAUUUUCAAAAGUGCCAAGCACCCACAGCCAAAAAUUUGCUGAGCAUCUGCAAGUCAAUCACAGCUGCAAGUGUGAAGCACCCUUGAAAAUUGGGCCAUUAAUUGUGGUGUAUAAAUAUGGGUAUGGAUGCCCAACCCUAUGAACCCAUGUUUGAAAAUGUUGACCAGAGUGUAAUAUAGACACAAAACAAUUUGUGUAUGUUAUAUACACUGUUACAUACUUUUAAACUCCACAUGGUAAACAAUGCACUUAAAGCAAAAGCCUAGUCCCAUUGACGUCACUGAGAAUUUUGUUACUGACUUCAGCAGGCUGUUUUCCAAGAUCCAGCAAUUUUAUCCAGCACAGCACAACAGAGAAGUCCUUUGCUUUUAGAGCACAUAUGUAUGGCUCUAGAAACAGCUAGGUUUAUUUGGAAAGAAGCACUCUCUAAGGCUUAUCAAAUAAGUGCAAACUGAUAAAAUAAAGGCACAAUCCUUUUGAUAGAAAGCAGGCAUUUUAUAUUCUACAUAAAGCCUGGAAAUCAUGAGAGUGGACUAUAGAAUGAGCAGUAAGAUGAUAAACCUAUGUUGUGUAAUUCCAAAAAUGAUUGUGAUCCAUGCAUUAAACUAAUAAGGGGCCAAAGUUUGCAGUCUUUACUUAUGCAAAUUACCAUUCCCUUUACGAGGAGUUUUGCCUGAAUAUGGAUGGCAGAAUUUUGUCCCAAAGGAGAAGAAAAGUCAGAUUUAAAAAUAUUAAACUAAUUCUGAAUGAGAGAGCCAUAUUAAACAACAUUAAGGAUAAGUUAUCUAGCUUGGACGAGAAGGGAGCCCUCCCCAUAUUUAUUUGGAAGAGUAGUUUUAGGGUUGCAGCCUGAUCUUCCAGCUCAAUUGAACCAGAAUGUUAAUCCAGGAAUUCUUCUUCGGCUAACUCUGCCCUCAGUCAGCCAAUGGAAAGCCCGUUUCUGCCUCAGUGUCAUUCCCAUGGUACUUCUGAGAUUAGAUGAAGCCUGACAGGAGUGUAGACAAUUUCUGUUAUAUAUGGGUAGCCAGAGAUAAAAUAUCAUAAUAUACCCACUGAAUAUCACUUUAAUGAGUCAUUUUGGACUAAAUUUAUCCACUUAUUAUAAAGUGAGAUGUACAAUCUGUUCAAAAUUCAGUUUUCUUUCUUUAUUAAUGCAAUCCCUAAAUGUUUAGUCCCCGGUUGUCUACGCCCAUGUCAGAAGUGUUAUGCAGCUGUGGCUUGCCUGAAAUGGAAUUUAACAGUCACUGCAAAGCUGGAACCGCCCCCUUUGAAUUGGAAGCAACUGGGAUGUUGAAUUGGGGCUACAUGGGAGCAAAGUGAAACUUUGCAUUUUUCCAUAUAGACAGUUUCUCAAAGUUAUUGUUAACAUAUUGGAGUAGCACCUCAGGGCUAUCACCAUAUUCUGCUAGGCACUGUAGAAAGAUAUAAUAAAGGCAGCUCAUGCCCCAAAGACCUUAUGAGGUGCUCCAAAAUAUGAAUAACUUUAUUUUCUAAGGGUGGUGUUAGUAUAAGAUCACGUUGUAAUUGUUUUUACACUACCCAUCCAGACCCUGCUCCUUUUCCUAUGAUCACUUUUUUUUCUUUUUAGUGUAGGAAGGAGAUAGGGAGAGCGAUUUAAAUAAAAGAUUUUGAUGUGUGACUAAUCUGUGUGGUAAAGUGUGUGUGUGUAUAUAUAUAAAAUACCUAAAUAACUUCCCAGGUAAAUCUACUUAAUCCUUUUUUUCUUUAAAACCGAAAUGGCAGUAAUGGUAUAUUUACCUGGACAAAUUGGAGCCUCAGCACUUUAACAAUUAAUAGCAGUCAUUUCAACACGUUGUGUUAAAGGGACACUGCCAACUUGAAUGUUAACAAAAUUAAGUUUUUUGUCUUUCAAAUUCAUUUUUUAUAGAGUACAUUUUAAAAUAGCAUUGCCUGUUGUUGUUUUAUUAAAAUUUGUAAGGUUUUUAUGCUUCUCUGUUCAUUGAGGUUAAUAAGGGCCUUUUCAGCAAAGUAGAAACUUUGGAAAACAGUGAAAUUGUGCAUUUGACCAUUUUUUGUAUAUAGACAAAGUAAACUAAUAAGACAGAGGAAUAUUUUUUCACUAACAUUUCAUUUAUAGUCACUGUAGUUGUUGUAAGUAACUAUUAUGAAAAAAACCCCUCAAGACAGAUGAUUUUCAAGUUGACUGUGUCUCUUCAAAUCUAUGGGGCCUAAUGCUCCUCUCACACUGUGUUAACUGAGGAGUAAUUGGAGGAGAUGGAGCUACACUGAUGUAAAACUGUUGUAAGGGGAGAAUUAGGAUAAUGGGUUAUUAUGGGCAAAAUAACCCAUAAAAAAAAGAUUAUU